GAGGAUGUUUUUCCACCCUCGUCAUCAGAUUGGUAUAUUAGUUUGUCAUUUUCUUGCUUUUCCCAGCUUACUUUUCUCUUAUGGGCACUUCCUGAUGUUCCCCGAAGUCUCACGUCCCCACAUUUUUGAGGGGCUAUAGGAUGCCGUGGCGUGCUCGCUUUGGCCAUCCAUGUCCCUCGUGUUGGACACUAGAGCUGUCCACAUGUACCCAUACUGACCUGGUCACGAAUCGCCUUGAGAGACUGGGAACUCACCCGCCUCCUUCCCCGGACUAGGGGGAAGUGGGGUGAAGGAGGCGUGCCGGGAGGGAACCUGGGGGAGGGGUGGCCCGUCUCCCAGGCUGGGCGUGGGCCGGGCGAGGUCCCCAGCCCACCGGGCCGGGCCAACAAUGGCCUGUUGUAGAAGGAGGCGGGAAGGAAUGCGGCCUGGGGAGUUGGGCGGCGGCGGGGCGGGGCCCGGUUGAGCGGCUGCCCCUUACCUGGCCAGGUAGCUCGCAGUUCCCGGCAAGCGGCGGCGCCCGCAGCACCUGUCGCCCGGUGCGCGGGCGGGGAGGACGGCGGGGGACAUGGCCUGGUAGAGUCCCGUGGGGAGACCGUGCGGAGUUCAGUCCGGGGCAGGGCAGGGCAAGGGAGGGAAGGUCCUUCCCUGGCGCCCGCGCGGGCUGCGGCAGCAUGAAAAAGAACCAGACCGUGCAGGGCACCUUCAGCAAACUCUUCGGGAAGAAGCACACCACCAGCCCCAGCACCUCCCUCUACGCCACCAACCCGCCCUGGAUCUUCACCCAGGAGGCCCCGGAGGAGGGGACCAGGGGCUUCGAUGGCAUCUAUUAUGGAGACAAUCGGUUUAACACAGUGAGCGAGUCAGGAACAGCCACGCUGAAAGCUCGGCCAAGAGUCCGGCCCCUGCUGACCUUCCUUCCGCUGAAUGCCCAGGAAAACCAUGGGCUGGCUGUCCCCACCCCCUCAGUUCCAGAAGACUUCGCAGACAAAGAAGUGACAGGUACCAGCUCACUAGUCAAUGGCAACCUCCGACUGUACAGCUCUGUGGGUGACCUGAGGCCUGGGCAGUAUGGCCAGGAUCUACUCAUCCCCCCACCUCCCCCAGGCCCAGCCCCGGGGCCCCCCCAGGACAUUUCACAACCUCCAGGGGAGUUGCCACUGCCAUCUCCACCUUCCACAGCACCCCCACCGCCUCCCCUGCUGCUGGAACCCCCACCCCCGCCCAGCAUGGCCCCACCUCCACCCCCAGUAUUGGAGGCCCUGUCCCCACCACACACUCUUUCCUCCCCAUCCACACCCACCCCUCCUGACUUCAUUCCCCCUGCCCCACCCUUGGCCUUUUUAGCACCCCCACCACCUCCUAUGCCAACACCAGCACCCCCAGCUCCAGCAUCUCCUCACACAGUGGGGACUCGUCUCUUUCCCCCUGGGGGUGUCACCAAGUGGAAAUCAGAUAUAGCACUGAAUGGCAGGCAGGCAGAGGCCACCAGAUUCAGCCCCCCGAGAAGCCCUGCUGAGCCAAAGGGGAGUGCCCUGGGACCUAACCCAGAGCCCCAUCUCACCUUCCCCCGUUCUUUCAAAGUGCCUCCCCCAACCCCAGUCAGGACUUCGUCCAUCCCAGUUCAGGAAGCACAAGAGGCUCCUCAAAAGGAAGAGGGGGCCACCAACAAGGCUCCCAGCCGACUCCCACUGCCUCCCAGCUUCCACAUCCGCCCCGCCUCCCAGGUCUACCCAGACAGGACCUCCAAGCCAGACUGCCCUGGGGAGCUCAGGGCCGCAGCACCAGCCAGCCCAAGGCUUGGCCAGUCCCAGUCCCAAGCAGAUGAGCCCCCAAGAGUUGGGACUCCGGGGACUCCGCCUCCAGCCCCUCCCCUGCCCCCUCCUGCAGCCCCCCUCCCUCCCCCACCACCCCCACUUCCCCCAGCUGCACCUCCUUUGCCCUGUGCUCAGAAGGCAGCCCAUCCACCUGCUGGAUUUACAAAACCCCCUAAAUCCAGCCCUCCUGCUCUCAAACCCAAACCCAACCCCCCCAGCCCAGCGGACACAGCCUCUUCAGCACCUGUGGACUGGAGGGACCCCAGCCAGAUGGAAAAGCUGCGGAACGAGCUGGCGGCCUAUCUCUGUGGCUCCAGGAGAGAGGACCGAUUCCUCAGUCACAGGCCAGGCCCAACAGUGGCCCCUCAGAGCAAGGAGGGCAAGAAGGGCCCCAGCAUGCUCGAGAAAGAGACUCCCCCGAGCCCGCCAGCAAAGGACACUCCCCCAGGUGUUCCUGAAAAGAGUCUUGGCGGCAGCAGCCUGACAGAGACAGAGGCUACCCCCAGCCUGGCCCUGCCCCCUGUGGACUACAUUCCCCAAGACUCUCCAACUCCCAGUGUGCGGCAGAUCCGGAAUGAGCUGGAGGCCCGGCUCUCCUCAUCAGCAGAGAAGGAGGCUAAGCCCAGCAUAGGAUCUCUACCCCCUAAGCCUCGGCUAGAAGGGGGAAGAAUUUUUGAAAAUGGGGCUGAUAAUGACAAACUCUCCAAGCCUGUGGCCAAGAAUCUGCCACCUCAAUCUACCACCCUGCUGCCAACCACACCACUCCAGCCCAAGGCCAUGUUGGGACCAGCCACACCACCCAAGGCCACAUCUGGGUCAGCCACACCACCCCAGGCCACACCUGGGCCAACCACACCACUCAAGGCCACAGGCUGGGCCAGCCACACCAACCCAAGGCACCACCUGGCCAAACAAUCCACUCAAGGCACAGCUGGGCAGGUCACAGCCACCGCGAGGCCACACCUGGGCCAACCACACCACUCAAGGCCACAGCUGGGCCAGCCACACCACCCAAGGCCACAUCUGGCCUGGCCAUAUCAUCUACAGCCACAACUCUGCCCACCACCACAUCCCAACUGA